AUGUUUAAAAUUACAUAGACUCAAAUUUUGGAAUGGGUUAAGGAUGGUAAUACUGAAACCCUGCGCAUAUUUUUCGAAUAAUGUCUACAAUAAAACCAGGAUGGAUUGAAUUCAUUUUUCAAAAUGGUUGACAAGGAAAAACGAAAUGUACUCCAUUGGGCUGCUUAUUUAGGCUAAUUAAGCUUGCUAGAAAAAUGGCUCUCAUCGUAUUCAUAAAUUAUUGACCUCAAUCAAGUGGAUCUUCAUCACUACACAGCAGUCGAGCUUGCUAGCAUAAAAGGUUUUAUGAAGGAAUAUAAUUCUUAAGUUUAGUUUAGAUUAAUUAAGUUGCUUUUGGAUCAUAAAGCCAAAAUGCCCACAGAGAACAAAUUUAAACGAGCCAACCCAUUACAUUGGGCAUAUUAUUAUGGAAACUCAGAUUUAAUUGAUUUCCUCUUGUCUAAUUACGCAGAUCUCUAAUAUUAGUUGGAUUAAUUUGAUAUGUAUCCAAUAGAUUACUUGUUUCUGGAAAAUCGACCAGAAGAAUAUCAGAAAAAAUAUAAAGGCAUUUUUAUUAAAACUGUCUAAGAAUAUGCCUUAAAAAAAGAUGGGCACCAGUUCAAAUUGCUUAGGAAUCUCAACACUCAAAGAACCAUUGCAUAACUAUCUGUAUCUUAGAAAUCAAAUAAUUUGGAAAAUCCAGUUAUCAUCAAUGAGCCCCAAUUAAAAGAACCAGCAAAUGAAUUAGAUAGUAUUGACUAAGAAAAAUUCAAUUUACAUCUACAAUGUGGAUAAACAACUAUGACAUUAAUGUCUAAAGUGCAAUAAGCAGGUACAACUAUUUAGAAGAGAGAUUCAAUCAGUUCCAGGAUUAGUUAAUAGUUUAAGUUGAUUUAGGAGAGAAUGAAGAAAUUACCUAAUAAGAAUGUGUAGAAUGAGUUACCUUUUGAAGAUUCAUAACAAGAUUUUCAUGAACCAGACGCUGAAAAGAUUCCCUCAUUGAAAAUCAUUUAACCAACAAACACUCUCUUCUCAGAUCCUCAUUUGAACAUUAGAGAUAAAAAUGAAAAUCCAAAUAUUUAUUAAACUGAUUUAGAAAGUGAAAGAAAUUAAUAGAGGGUCUUUUUAUAACAAGAGGAUGAAUUUGGUAAACUAUUUAAAUCUAAUAUAAUACCUUCGAGAUCUGAAUAAUCAAAAUAUUUGGCUUCUCAAUAUCAAUAAUCAUAAGGUCCUUCAUAAUUUGGAAGACAACUCUCCUAAGAAAUUCAAUUAUCAUAAGAUGAAUUUAGACCUUCAAUUAAGGACUUUUCGAGAGUAAAAUCAAUGAGACCCUCACUUAAGAGACCAGGGCAAAGGUUAUUCAAAAGAAAAAGCACAACCUUUAAUGAAACUUAUACUAUUUUUCAUUAUGCAAAAAGUUAAACUAAGAAAUAAUUAUUUGAAUGUAGAUUACAAUUUUGGUCAGCAAGAAUUGAGUCAGCAGAAUUUUUUGUAUAUUUUUUAAAGUAGAAAUGCAAUCCAUUUUUAAUUUAAUAUUAAGGAUUUAAUUGUCUACAUAUUGCAGCCAAUAAAGGGAAAUACUAAAUUCUGAAACAUAUUUUGGAGAGCGACUAUGAGUAUUAGGAAUUAAAAGACCUUUUAAAAUUGCAUAGAUCAAUAACAUAAGGUUAAUUUACUAAGACUUAUGUUAAGAAAGAUAUUUUUAAUAAGGUGGAGGCAUUUAAUAUAAUGACCGAUUAGAAUCCCUCCAAUGCGUUACAUUUGGCAAUAGAAAUUAAUAAUUUUGAAUGCAUGAAGAUAUUGGUAGAACAUGGUGUAUCAAUGGAUGUCUUGAAUCAUCGAUGUUUGAUGCCCAUAGAACUGACAUUCGAUGAAAAGAUGGUAAGAUACUAUGAAAAUCACUAUCGGAAAGGAAAGGAAUAGAGCUUCAAUUUGAUGGGAUACAUGUAUGUAAUUUAAACUUCAGGGAGCCACGAUCUAUAUCAAGAUAUUGUACUACUGUAAUUGUAGAAUAUCAGGUAGUCCUUCUAAUAGCGUAACAUGGAAUUUGAAUUUCUCAUAAUAAAUACUCCCAAUUAUGCUUAUUUGAAGAAUGGAAAAGAGCAUUGUGUAAGGCAUCAUUAUUAUGUAAUCAAAUUGUCAGCAGACACUAUCUACAAGUUAGCAGACAUCUAUUAGAUUGAAUGCUAUCAUUUUACAAAGAAGCAUUUGACAAAAUUUAAAUAUAGAGAUUAUGGUCAUUUUGAAUUCCCCAAGCCAUUGUAGAUUCAGUAACUGAUCAUUAAUGUGUUAAAUGAAGAGUUCGAUUUAGAUAAGUUUGUCUUAGAAGGGUUGGUGAUUUCACACUUUCCUUUGGAAGACAGUUCGAAAUCAUAAAAAGUAAGUGUGUUAUGGAAGGAACUUUAAUACAAUUGUAUUCGAGAUACAAUUAGGAUAUAGACUCAUUAGAUUGCACUGAGACCCUUGAACUCAAUAGCAUCCUAUUAUGGACCUGUUAUUGCGUGGUACAUAGCGUUUAAUGUUCAAAUAGUAGGCUGGCUAAUAUUGCCAGCUUUGGUAGGAUCAGCAAUCUAAUUAUAUCAAUUGAUUGCUGAUAAGAUGCAUGCCUCUAUCCUACCUUCAUUUGCCUUGUUCAUGUCUCUAUGGGCGACCCUCUUUAUGGAGAAGUGGAAGAACCGAGAAUCAGAACUGAAAUACAUUUGGGAUAUGCAUAAAUUUAAGCAGCAAGAACCUUAGAGAGUCAUGUAUACAGGACUUUACACAGUUGAGCCAUGCAAAAACAAGGUUGAAGUUUAUGAUUCAUUUACAACUUUCAAGAGAAGAUUGAUAGCUGAAUUUUCUGUAAUAAUGUUAGGGUUCUCAAUAAUAUUAGUAAGUUUUCUGGCAUUCAAUUAAUGGCAGGGAUAAUAGGAUCCUCAAAGUGUGUAUAUGCCUAUAAUUAUCAAUUCAUUGAAUGGGGUUAGCAUGACUGUUUUGUGUGAUUUAUAUAAACGGCUAUGUAAAUUUGUGGUAAAUUGGGAAAACCAUAAAUAUAAUUCUGAAAUGGAGCAUUCUUAUGUGUUAAAAGUGUUUUUAUUUGAAUUUUUAAUAUCUUACAUUUCAGUAGUUUAUGCUGUAUUAUUUAAAACAGACUAGACAUAAUUAACAUUAUCUGUGGCAAGUAUUAUUAUAACAAGAGGUUUGAUAUCUAAUUUAUAAAGUAAUUGUCUACCCUAUCUCUUGUAUAACUACUUGAAGUGGGGACUAAAAGAUAAAUUUGAAACUUUCAAAGUGUUCAAGGAAUAAUUCAAGAUCUGUGAUAUGUAGUAUGUGAAGGAGAAGUUGAAAUAGGCUUAGCAGAUUGAAUUCAUGAAGAUGAUGGAGGACAGUAAUAACAAAUAGCCAUAAAAAGAACUAUAUGAGGAAUACACAAAUAUUGCAAUUCAAUUUGGGUACACAACUAUGUUUUCACCUGCAUUUGCAGCUGCUCCUUUGUUUUUCCUGUUGAAUCAAUUUAUAAACUUGCAAUUUUCAAUUUCAAAUUAUCAGAGAGUAUUAAAAAGAGAAAGAGCAUAAGCCGCUGACUCCAUUGGGAUUUGGUUGUCCAUUUUCGAACUAAUGAAUUACUGCUCCACCUUUAUGAAUUGCCUUGUCAUAGGGAUAGUGAAUAAGGCUGAGUUCGAAGGAUUGAUAGGGGAUAGCAAUCCUCUGAUUUAAGUGUUAGUAUUGGCAGCUAUCGAGCAUAUAUUAUUAUUAAUAAAGUACAUAUUAGGAAUAAUGAUUCCGGAUUGUCCUUAUUGGGUUUCAAAGGAGUUGAGAAAGUAUGCAUAUUUUGAGGGAUAAAGUGCUAAAAUCCAUGACGAUAGCGAGAUUAUUUUUUGA